CAUUGGUGGGUUAUGCUGGCAUAGAUGAGUCUAAGUUUGAAUUCUACACUCAGUAAAUGUUCUAGAGGCUUAUCACCGCCCACCAGGUCCUGCCUCCCCUCUCCCAGCUCCAGACACCCCCUUCCUCCCCUGUAUCCUCCAGGCGCAGUCCGGAGCCUCGGUGCGACAGUGGACGCUUGUUAAAAGACAGAUAAGCUACUGUGGGAAUGGGACCACAAAUCAGAAGCAAGAAAAACUUUGCCUUUUUUAGGAUCAUCCCACUCCGGAGACACCUCUUCAUCCAAAGGGAAUAAACCUUAGCAGGAACAGGUGUAAGAAAAAACCACAAAUGGGAUAAAGUAUUUGUUAUUUUUAACUUUUGCCAAACAGGCAGUGGAUUUGUUUUAAAUCAGCCCAUAAGGACAGAGCCACAGACUGUUUUUAAAGUAUUUAUGACAUGCUUUAAACGGAGGUGUGGAGAUCCUGCCAACACAGGCUUCAUCCUAGAAUAAAGCAGCGGAAAUCUUUUGUUAGAAAGGCAGUGGUUUGUAAAGGUGCGUCUCUGGGGUGUAUGGAGCUGGAAGGUACCGGAGCAGCAGCACAGCUUCACCGGAGUCCAAAAUGGCAAAGUGGUUCAAGGAGUUCCCCAUGAACCUGAAGAACGGUACCGACAGGAUCCGCUCAGCCUCCGAGUCUGGCUCCCAACCGAGAUCCAACAAGGCCGGACUGGUGUCCAAAGCUCCGGCCUCCAAACCGGGCCUGCGCAAGAACUCCUCUGCCGAUACCGGAGGAGGUGGAGGAGGUGGAGGAGGGGUUGGGUCGCUCCUGUCCGGGAGGAACCGAAAGAACUCGGCUGCAGAGUUGGGAAGAGUGAGUUCCCCGAAAGAUGGAAAAGUUUGGGACACUCUUCUGUCUGGGAAAAGUCGUAAAAACUCCAAAGCGGAGCCGGUGUUUGAGGAGCAGCACCGAACCCUGAAGACUUCUCCAUCCGCCAAUGCCUACAUCAGCCGGCUGAUCAGGGUGGACAAGCAGGACAAGAGCCCCAACUUCAACAGCGGUACCAUCCCCGGUCCAGCGGUACCAGAGGCUGAGAAACAGGCCCAGAGCAAAACAGAAACAGUGAUCAUUCUGGAGGACUACGCAGAUCCGUUUGAUGCUCAGAAGACCAGAGAGCAGCGCGAGGCGGAGAGACUCGGGGAGAACGACGGCUACAUGGAGCCUUACGACGCACAGCAGAUGAUCACAGAGAUCAGACGUCGGGGAUCUAAGGACCUGCUGAAGGUGUGUGUGCUGAUGGAGGGCAGCGAGGGAUCGGUGGAGGACGGUCAGCCUGUUCCUUUACAGAUUUAUGACAUCCCAUACGAGGGCAGCGGUGACACCGACAGGACGGUAAUCACCAGGCCUGAGCUGGACCCUCGACCCUCCACUGAGUACGAGCUGCCCUGGGAGUGGAAGAAGGAGCACAUUGUUAGAACUCUGUCAGCACAGUUUGACAGCGCUGAUCGGCCAGCCAAAGAUGAGACGCCUCACCCCACACUCACCAGACAGCCUCAGCAUCCAGCAGCCCAGCAGCAGCAGCAGAAUCAGCAUCUGAGGCAGAAAAGCUGGACCCAGAAGAUCCUGAGAUCCUCUCCUCCGACCAUGCUGCCGUCCUCCACUCCUGGUCCUGAGAGCGAGGCCUGCUGUGUUGACCCCUCCCUGCCGCUGGAAAAACAAAGCUGGUACCACGGCUGUGUGACUCGCCAGGAGGCGGAGUUUCAGCUGCUGUCCUGCAAAGAGGCCAGUUUCCUGGUCAGGAACAGCGAGUCGGACAACAGCAAGUACUCCAUCGCCCUCAAGACCAGUCAGGGCUGCGUUCACAUCAUUGUUGCCCAGACAAAAGAGAACGGCUACACCCUGGACCAGAGCAGCUGUGUGUUCCCCAGCAUCCCCGAGGUGGUGCAUCAUUACUGCACCCAGCGUCUGCCUUUCAACGGCGCCGAGCACAUGACCCUGCUGCACCCGGUGCCUCGCAUCCACUGACUCUACCGGCUUAGGUAGAACGAAACAAACACACCUCUGGCCAUUAAUGGAGAGAAAAAAAAACAUCACCUCUGACCAGUGAAAAGUGCCACUGCUGUCCUCGCUUUAUUAUUUAUCUGUGCAACCCUGCUUUAUGUGUUACUUUUUAUUUGAUCAUGAAAAUGUUUGAGUCACUCUGUGGAUGACUUCCUGCUCUUUCUUCCUUUGUUUCACUCUGAUGCAAAACAUCCCGACUGCUGUUUUGCAUGUGAAUAAGCUCGGUAGAGAUGACAAGGCACUUUUACUGAUUAAAUGUGACUUGGGUGUUUUAAUCAGCCACUGUUCCUAUAUUAAAAGCUGCACAUGGUAUUUUUGUUACUGAACGAUGGAGUGAAAACAUUGUGGCUCUAUUUCCCCCUCUGGUGGACGUGCUGGUACACUGCAGCAGCAACACAAAGUUAUCUCACUGAACUUAGUAAAAUCCAUGCACAUGAGCAUAUCAUUCCACUUAAAAAGACAUGAACAAACUUCAUCUGUUUCAUGCCAUCCUGCAGCGUGUUUCUAAUUCAUGCUCUCAUGCCUGUUAGUUUUCCAUAAACCGCCGUCCCCUUGAGGAUUUCCUCUGUUUUACUGUGAAUGAAGGACAUUGUUUCCACUGUUAUCUGCAAGAGUGACUGAUUCACCCUGAUGCAAUGUGCUGGAAGGAGUAAUGGCUUUAACAGUCGGAGAUUACAUUUCGUGUUUAGUUUCCAGCUAAACCGGCAUGUUAUUUCUUGGAAGCAUCUGUAAAACAAUCCUGAAAUUGCCUGCGAUUUGUGGUAAGAAAACAUAAAAUUAAUGUCUUGUCUCUUCGGGGCUGCAAGUGGAGAUCAUUUGCAGAUAAAAGUGCAAGAAAAGACAGGGGGGGAAAAAAACUGUUUAAACAUCACUGUGUAAGAAAAUGUUAGUCACUCAGACCCCUGUUGGGAAAAGUAAUGCCCCCUGGUGCUAAGUGAGAAGUGGUGACUACAAUGUAACAUAUUCACUGAAGUUUUUUUAAAAUGUAUUUUAAAUGUAACUCAUCAGCAUUUGGCAAAAUGUGUUUAUUCCUAAUUUGCUGGAACUCAUUCAACCCUCUGAGGCCCACAGUUGCAAAAUUGCAACAUUUAUUUAAAGCUGUCUGGCUGUACCUUUUUCUGAUUGAAUGUAGACAAACACUACAUAUCCCAACACCCCCCACUCUGAACUGCAAAAUUGCGACAUCUUUGGUGGGAAAACAUACCACAUUCCAAGUUCAAACAAGAAUAGAAUAGAAUAGAAUGUGCUUUACCGUCAUAUACAGUGUACAGCAAGAUUGGAGAGCUUCUCCUUUUCAGUGCAAACAAGAAGGUGCAAGAUGAAAGUCUUGUUCCCUUCUGGAACAAUUUCAACAAUUUUCCAAGCAAGUAUUUGACCUGUAGUAUUUUUUUCUUCAUCCUAAAGAUGUUUAGUGAUAGAAAACUAUAAUUAUUUUUAAAAAAGUAUAAUACAUGUGAUUUUUUUUAAGGAUUUCUUUCAAUGUCACAAAAAAUGCAACCUUCUUAUUUACACAGAAGGCCCCAUCACUAGGUCAUGAGUAAGGUCAUCAAGUGUGCCAUCUAUGGCAAUAUACAGUGUCUAUACCAGGGGUGGGCAAACUUUUUGGCUCAGGGGCCACAUUGAGCUUUCAAAUUCGACAGACGGGCCAGGCCAGCAUCAGAUGGAUGGAAAUUGUGCAAACUAAUAUGAAUUACAUGUUAAAGACAUCACUGACAAAGUAAAGAAUACUCACAUUCAGUUUCAGUGGGAACAGUGUUGUUGGUCACCCUUUUUUAUCCUCCAAACUUAACCAGCGGACAUGAGAGUGGUCAAGCAAGUCCUGGUGAUCAGCAUCAGUUUCUUCAAGAAACUUAAUGAACUAACGAUGCUGAAGCCCUCUCGAUCGUAUAAAGUUAACGAGUUUUACGACUGGCUUCACGACAUGAUCAAGAUGCAAAACAGACUUACAGAGCGCUUCCUGAUGGAUUAUGCAGUGGAGGAAAAUCACAUCCAGCUCAGGGUUUUCCUCCUUCACUUUAUCCUGGAUUCUUUUCAGCAGCCCGACGUUUUUUCCUGUCAAGUUUGGCGAUCCAUCCUUGGUGACAUUGGGGAGUUUACACCAAGGCAGCUUCAGCCUCUCGAUGACCCCAGACAUCCUGUCGUACAAGUCCUCUGCUCCUGUUCCCCCUUCAUGGAUUCCAUGGUCAAAAAUUCCUCCGUUGUCUCAAAGUUGUCAUUAGUCCCUCUAAUAAAAAGCUGAGCAGUGUC